AUGGCGAACGACAACCAUCGUGUUUCAAUGCCCCACCAAACAGCGACUUCCAGUGAACAUCGAACCGGCGUACGACUUCGGAGGGGGAUGGCUGCCAGUGACGAAUGCUUUAAAGGCGAAUCUGAAAUGGAAUCAUCUCCGUGGGUCCAGGCGGACGACAUUAUCUCUUCAUUCACUGUCGAUUGUCUCUCUCCAUUUGCGGCUGCCUUGGGAGGCCUGCUGCUCCUAGCCAAGAGCACUCAUGCCUCGAUGCUUAGAUCGGAGCCCUUCAGUUUAAUCGACCUUCAUAUUGCUGUUGUUCAAGACUUCUUUCCGUACCCGAUGGCUACGCGUUGGAACGUCGGCGUCCGUGACAAGGUUCUGGCCUGGCUAUGCGAAACCUCGGUCGUCAAGAUCUGUGAGCCGCAAACUGUCACUCUUCGGAUUUGUCUCACUGCGUCUAGCGUCGCGAUCAUGGAAGCGCUUCUUGCCUCCUCGGCACUGAACACUAGCAAAGGCUCCCCUGCAUGGCGACGGGAGAUCGAGGUACUGGCCCUCGCGAUGGAGAGCUACCUUCACAUGGAUACUGAAGGCCCCGUUGACAUGGUGGCUUUGGAGGACUGCAAAGACAUGGCGUCUGCCACCUUCGAUCUCCUCGUAUUCAGCUCGCCUUCGACCGCUUCGCUUUGGGCAAUCACGGACCAUUUUCUUCCUACCCAAGUGCGGGAAAUCUAUCGCGAAACCGUGCGCUUGACCCUAGCUUUAGCGGGCAGCAGACGGCCUUAUUCCGAGUCCGAUUCCGAGUUGUUCCAAGGAGUAGAGGGCUAUCUGAGCGACGCUGCGAAUGUUGAAGUUCGCUUCAGGCACCUCAGAAGCUCAGUUAUCGUCCUUUUCGAACUGUGCUUCUGGUUUGAGCGUACUAUUGCAUGCAAAGCGGCUCAGCCGAUGCGCUUCCUGGUCGCUGAUAUGGCCAGCUCUCUCGAAAGCCUCCGACGACUGGAUACCUAUGACGAACCUAUCUCAUCUAUUUCCCUCACCACGGCCUGUCGAACCUCUCGAUACGCCUACACGGAACGAACGCGUCCUUUCAAACAGUUCCACGGCGACAUCAUGGCCCGGGAGGCAGACGACAUGGAUAUGGAUAAUGUGGGAGGGGGCAGCGCUGGAAAUGCUGGUGCAACGAAUACGGGGGGUGAUUCAUCUGCCCCUCAGUCUGUAUCAGCGACAAACGGAGCGUCGGUGGAUGUCGAAGCUCGAAGCGCAAGUACAGCGCCCCCUGCGGGAGCGUCUACAUCUUCAGAAGUCCCUGCCGCGUUCACCUCAGGAUCUCAAGCAGUACCCGUCGCGUCCACCUCAGGAUCUCAAGCAGUACCCGUCGCAUCCACAUCAGGAUCUCAAGCAGUCCCCGUCGCAUCCACAUCAGGAUAUCAGGCCAUGGCAGGCUCAUCGACGCAAUCGGGGUCGGCAGGGCAGUCUACCUGGACCACGCGUAACCCUUUCGCAGAAACCUGGCACCAGCUCUCCACCCCAGGAAUUGCGGGGAGCUUCCCUGUUGAUGAUCUCCGUAGGGCCGCCAAAGCAAGAGUGGUCAAACCGGAUGGAGCGUACUUUCCAAUUCGUCCAACUCAGGUCCCUGCUGGUUCUAAGCCCUCUGGACUUGGGAGAAAGAGAGACAUUGACGAUGACGGCGAACCCAAAGGCCAACACUCCGAAGCCACCUCUCAACCUAGGACCACCAAGGACACUAACCCUUCCAGGCUGCGAAAAGCUAUGCACAGGCUUGUCAAAGAGGGUUUCCAGGGUUUCUUCAGGAAGGUUGACCCAGCCAUUGAUACUCCUGAUCCCGCCCCCCCACGCAAGCGCCAGCGAAUCGAUGAAGACGACAAGGAAUCUAAACCGACUUCAAGCAAGGCAGAGGGGACUAUUCUGACACCAGAUAAGGGCCAGAGCAUGGAGUCGAAUCAAGGAGGGCUUCCUCCUCUUAGAAACGCGACCGUCCCACCUCCACCAGCGCUCGCAGAUAAAGGGAAAGGAAAGGACACGGCUACUUCGAAGGGGAAGGGAAACACAUCCUCCUCCUCCUCCAAAGGGAAAGAAAAGGGGAAGGGGAAGGCCAAAGCACAGGGAAGUGACGCCGAAUACGAAGGAGAAGAAGAAUGGGACGGAGUUGAUGACGAACAUGAAGAUGAGGAGGAAGUAGAGGGGGAAGCACCUAACGUCGAGAAGGCAAGGAUUCAGAUUUCGACUCUCCCGCGGAAUUUGCCCGUUACUCCCGCGUCUGCGGUACCAGAACCACAGGGUGAAAGUUCCUCGGACAUGUUUGGUGCUCUUCACGAGUUCCUCAGCUUCAGAAUGGCGGGCGUCGACGACCUGGUCGCCCGCAGAAUCAAGGACAUUGAAGCAAGCACUUCCGCUGCAAACCAAGCCUUUCAAGAGAAAGUCAAUCACAGGAUCGAGGAGAUUGAGAUCCUGGCAAGUGGAUCUGUUUCCAGGAAGAGGCGAAUCAAACGGGGCCAGCCGGCAGACAUACUUGCCAACCAUCCAUUACGCGUACAAUUCGCCGAGCGUAUUCGUUCCUUUUUCGACGACCAUCUACUGAAGGUCGAUGCACGGGUAGCAAUAUUAUCCGCCGCCGAAACGUCCAACAUGGUGAAGUCGAAGCUUGGACGUGCUCUGCUUCAGUUUCGUCCGCUCACUGAAGAAGAGUGGCAAGCAUACGAGGACAACGCCCCUUCCGCCAUUAAGGUCGAUGCCAAUAACUUUCGCUUGGACUUCUCUCGCUCUCGCAGGGCAGAGUUUAACCGGGAAGCACUCCAUGUUGCCGCAGAAGCUUUCAUUGAAGCCGCACACUCUGGGUACCUCUGGGGAGACACGACCUCUCCGGCAAUCCCUUCCGAAUUGCUGAAGUACGAGGUGGUCGCGUACGCUAUCGACAACCACGCAGAGUAUCUGUGGUCUGUUUAUAGCGAAGCGACCAGAGAUGAUAGUGUCGCUCGUGAAAAGGCGAGGCUAACAAGGGCUUCGAGGACCUCUCGCAAGGCUUCGUUGCACGCCCAUAGAUUGGAUACAGCCUUAGCAGACCCUGAGUAUCGAAGAUUCGCGCCCUUGAUCAAGCGUAUUGGCGUCCAGGGGAUGAGCGACGACGAGACAGAUGACGAAGACCCGGACUCUUUCAUCCGCGUCAGCCUCCCCUGGCGUGCAGAGCGUCUAACACAGAUCCUUUGGGCCCUCGACGAGCGCUAUGAGGAACAUUUGCGUUCCUCCGUUGGCAAAACCAAUCGCCGGCGGGGACCCCUUCCUCGCGCGCGUCGACUGUCCCAGAAGGUGAACCUGAAAGCCGUGCCUCCUCGCAAGUUACCGAAGAACUUGUACAAUUCCGAUUGGUUACAGCUCCUGAAGCCGCACCAAAGAAAGAGGGUGGCACCAGAGGAUGCGACUUACAACUUUCAGACUGGGAAGGUGGUUAAGAAGAAGAAUGCACAGACGUAG